GAAUUGCGGUUCGCAAUUACACCAUGUUGGAGAGGACAGCUGAACAGAAAGAAGAUCCACAACAAUAAUUUCUAGACACAUUUUUCUACCCCAUGCAGAUUCCCUAAUCGACAAAACUCCAGGAAUCAUAACCUGCAAGAAGCAUGGAGAGGAAAAGCGACCCUGGAAAGAGAUUCCUGUGCAAGCCCCAGUUAGCUCAUUACCUGGGCAACACCAUGGACGUGCACGCCAUUGACCCCCGUGCAGGAAGGAUGCUCAUGAAUAAGCUGCACAGGAACCGACACAAGCAUCGCUAUGACAACAACCAUCAGAUCAAGGUUAAGCCGGACCUGAACACGACCCUACCAGUCCGACAGACAGCGUCUAUCUUUAAACAGCCCGUCACCAAGGUAACCAAUCACCCUAGCAACAAAGUGAAGACCGACCCCCACAAGGCUGUCGACCAACCAAGACAGCUGUUUUGGGAGAGGAAGCUGAGUGGUCUUAGUGCGUUUGACAUCGCAGAAGAGCUGGUGAAGACCAUGGACCUUCCCAGGGGCCUACAGGGUGUUGGGCCUGUGUGUUCAGACAAGACCUUGCUCUCUGCAAUCGCCAGUGCCCUGCACACCAGCCCCACCCCCGUCACUGGUCAGCUGACCGCAGCCGUGGAGAAGAACCCUGGGGUAUGGCUCAACACGGCCCAGCCGCUCUGCAAGGCCUUCAUGGUGACCGAUGACGACAUCAGGAAGCAGGAGGACCUGGUCCACAGUGUGAGGAGGAGGCUGGAGGAGGCUCUGAUGGCAGACAUGUUGGUUCACAUAGAGGACUCCACCAACGAGGCAGACGCUCUGAAGAAGGAGCAAGCCGACAAGGAGGACAUAUAGCCAAGGGUUGGUGAAUACUACAGCGGGCUGCCUGGAACACAGUAUUCUACCCAUACACACCCAUACACAUACAGGAUAUUCCCCAGGACCGGACUAGCAUCUGUCAACAUGAAGGAUCCUCUCUCUCACUGGGACCUCCACAUACGUCUUUCUGUCUGGAAGUCAGCCAACAACAAUUUAAUCCAAAUUUAUUUUCGACCAAUUUAAAUUGAAUUUAUGGAAAAAAAAUUAGACCUUGGACAAGGCUUUGAAGUUCAAUUCACUUAUUUUUACCCUCAGUAAUUGUAUGAAAUGUGGACAAGUAUGUAUGGUGCUUUAGACAACGUAGUCUUGCGCUUUUGUGAAUAGUCUUAACAAGUUAGAAGUCGAAACAGAGUUAACGUUUGUCUGCGUGCAUGCCAGAGAAAGGGGGAGAAAACGUGUGUGUGUGCAUGUGUGUUUUCGCGAGAGCGUGAGAAGUAAGAACAGAGUGUGUGUUUGUGGGUUACCACUCAGUCCAUUCCAUUUGAACGGUUCCAUCUAGCUCUGUCUUGUGUUGCCCUUGUUCCACUCAGUGUCAUUUGCCCAAGUGGAGAAUUGGAUGGGUGCAGAUUGGGCAAGGGACCACAUGCUGUAAGAUAACAGUUGGAGGCUCAAAACGGACUUAGCAAAAGACUACCUAUUGUGUCAAAUCAGUCAUAGAUAAACGUGCAUCAUAUGACCUGAUAAAGGAUAAAUCCUAUAGCUCUUGUUAUCCCUAUCUAAUUGGGUUUGGUGUUCUUCAAAUGAUGUAGGCUGGAUAGUCGUGAAGAGCGGUGCUCUGCACAGAGGUUGAAUUGACUCGCAUGGCUCAUACGCUCCUAUAAGUUCAAAAUGGUGCUAAUUUUGUCUGGUCUCGUCUUUGUAGAUGUAUUUUUGCUUUCAUGUUACAUUGAUGAACUGUCUAUGUGCGACGGCUGACAUAGACUGCUCCACUACUCUGAAAUAGUUGCCUAUUUGGGAUAUAGUAUUUUUAAUCUUUUUUUUUUUAAGAACUUUGCUUUGUGGCAAGUCACAAUUAUGCCAUAGUUAUUUAACAUUGAUUGUUUUGUUAGGUUUUAAAUGCUAUGAAAUGUUUCGCUUAACCUGUUCUUGAUUUGAGUUAUGAAUGGGAAGAUAAUUCACUGUUAUAUGAAGAUGUCUGAAAAAGUAGGAAGCCCCCCAUGAAAUGUAAUUGUUAAUAUUAUGCUUUGUAGCAAAAAAUUUUUAUUUUUCCUCAUAGAGAGAUUUGUUACCAUUGCCUCUUUUUAGAAAUUGUAGGUCAAACAUCAAGCAAUUCAUUUCUGUCUGAUUUAUUUUUUCCUAUAACAAAAAUAAAUGCAGUCUUUUGUCA